AUGUUUGGUGAAGAUACAUAUAAACAAUGUAAAACGCUUGUUUUGCAUGGUAAUGAUGAUUUGUCUUGUGUCAGCGAAGAAGAUUUAGAAUCUGCAAUACAGCUUCAACACCAUAAAAAGCUGCCAUCAUACAAAUUGGUUGGUGACAACAUUGACACAAUGAUACAUGCCAGAAUUCAAACACAGAAAUUACACGAGAAUAGGUCUAUCCAUUGGACCCAACAGUAUGGAAUUCUAAACCGUGUAAAUGAACCAUCACUAGACAGAUCAAGACCACAGAAACCAUUACAAGAGAUCCAGUUAAUAAAGCUGCUGCCAGGUAAAUAUGUACAGGAAAACCUGAAGACAAGAUGGGCUGCAUUAGUUGCAAGAGUGAUAUGUAAAUAUCUUGGGAAAUUUAAACAUCUCAAGAGAGCUCUAGUUUACCAUAUUCAGCACAAGUAUUCCAAAGAGAUGGCUGAUAAGUCAGAAACGUGUUGCCUAGGAAUCCAGUUUGCAAAUUCAAAUGUUGCAAGUGAGAUGGUACAACUUUUGCAAACAAAUCAUGAAAGGUAUGUUCCAGCUAUAAAAUGUGAAGAUGGGAAUAUUAUACUGGAACAAGUGCCAUUGCAUGGAUAUCAACUUUUUGAAGAAAGAUCAAGAAAUGCGAAGUGGAGUAUGCAAGAUGGGGAUACAGAGUGGGACAGGCUGGAUGGAAUUGAGACAGAGUUCGCUGAUUGGCAUGCAAAACUGAAUUUAUAUAUGAUUGAAUUCAGUAUCUUCUCAUCUCAUUCUUCCGUGAAUGAAAUUGGAACAUCUCGAGCUAGUAUGAAUAGGACUGGAAAAAUAAAUGCUUCAAAAGGUGUAGAGAAUAAUUACAAUGAAUAUAAAGAAUUUCAUCUUUGUGAAACAGAAGCACAUAUAUGUGCAUCUUUUAUGGAAAUGUGUGGCAUGUUGAAUAUGGAAGAUCAUCCUACAUUUGAUGUACCUGAUGACAGUGUCACAAGAGAAAUUCAAAGAAAAUGGUUGAUGGAGACAUGUGCAAAAUUUGUUGACAAAAUAGAGAAAUAG